AUGGCUAAAACCAGAAACCCCAGAAAACCUACCAAGGAAAAGCAACAUCACCAAACAGUCCAAAACCACCACCACCACCACCACCAAAAAGUCCACCACCACCACCCCCAGGAACCUAAAAAGCCACAUUCAUGGGCAGUUUUAAGAAGCCUUUUCACCUGCAAACACCUUCAAGGACAAUUACAGCAACAGCAGCCACAACCACCAAAACAGCCACAAGAAGAACAGGAAAAGAAGCAAAAACAAGAACAACAUCCAAAAAUAGAACAACAGACGCAAGAAAAACAAGAGAAAUCCAUGGAGGAAAGCAGCAAAAAAUGCAAGAAAAUGAAGUGUUCAGGCUCACUAUGUAGCAACACAAAGGUCAUGCACAGGCCUGAACCUUCAUCCCCUGAAGACCAGAAGAAGAGGGCUUCAAUGGGCUUAUGUAACAGUGAUGGCUCCAGCAGAUCCAUGAAAGCCCCUCUCAAUGAACUUAAUGGGGCCUCUGUUUCCACUUCAUCUUCUUCACUUUCUCUCUCUUCUAAUUCUCCUUCUGCUAGUGGAUCCUUCAGGGGGAUGCCUUUUAGGAGACUGUCUGGGUGCUAUGAGUGUAGAAUGGUGAGACCUUCUCUCAGAGCUACCAUAUGUCCAUGUCCUGAAUGUGGUGAGAUCUUCAUGAAAGCUGAAUAUUUGGAGCUUCAUCAGGCUGUUAGACAUGCAGUAUCUGAGUUGGGUCCAGAAGACACAAGCAAGAACAUAGUGGAGAUUAUAUUCCAAUCAAGCUGGCUCAAGAAACUUAACCCAGUAUGCAAAAUAUACCGCAUUCUCAAAGUCCACAACACCCCCAAAACCAUCUCAAAAUUCGAAGAAUACAGAGACGCCAUUAAAGCCAAAGCCACCAAGUUCCCAAAGAAGCACCCACGUUGCAUAGCAGAUGGCAAUGAACUCCUCAGGUUCCACUCCACCACCUUCAUGUGCUCACUGGGCCUAAACGGCUCGUCUAAUCUCUGCAAUUCAAUCCCAAAUUGCAACGUUUGUAGCAUCAUAAGAAAUGGGUUCAAGUUUGUCGGAGAGCCCACCGGAGGACUUGCUGGAAAAGGAAUACUGACGACGGCGACGAGCGGAAAGGCGCAUGACAGUGCCGGAGUGGAGUCGGAGAAUGAAAAGAGGGCGAUGUUGGUUUGCCGCGUGAUUGCCGGAAGGGUGAAGAAGAACAUGGAGGGAAGUGGGGAGGAGUACGACUCCGUUGCCGGAGCUGCCGGAGUUUAUGCUAAUUUGGAUGAGUUGUACGUGUUUAAUCCUAAGGCUAUAUUGCCUUGUUUUGUUGUUAUCUACCAGGGGUUUUAGGUUAAUCUAUGCACUUUUUUGUGUUACGGAGCGGAGGUUUUAACAUUUUUUGUAUGGAAAAUAAGACUACAUACACAAGCCCAGCGAUUGGUUCAGUGGGUUCUCGAA